CACACAAACACCACAACCGAAAAACUUGCUUCUUGCCAAGCAAAAAGAACAACAACCCGCAACGACUUGCUUUUCUUCCCUUCUUGCCUUGCAAUACACGCGAGCGCACGUAGCAUGGCUGAUGAUGAUGGGAGGGGCACGGGCACAGUGCCUGCCUCUGUGGUGCUGGCUAUGGGAAUGCCGACGACCAAGGAGGACGAGCUGCUGUGCGAAGGGUACCUGAAGAAGAUCCGCGGGUUUGCGCAGAACAGGAGGAGGUGGUUCCGGGUGACAGCAAACCACAUUGCCUUCUUCUCCGCCGAUGGUGGCAGCCUCAUCUCUUAUAUCCACCGCGAUCACGUGUCUGAUGUCCGCGACAUCUCCAAGUACCGCUUCCUCAUCUCCACACACAAACCGUUUGGUGCCAGCGGCGCAAGCAGCAUGAUCCUCGAAGCCAGCACUCCAGAGGCGAAGAACAGAUGGCUGCUGUGCCUGCAAAAGACAACAGACAGCUCGCGCGGCACACAGGAGGACACGGGCCACCUGUACACAGAAGGGUACAUGUGUAAGCUGCAAGGCUUUGGCUCGCGUGAUCGGACGCGGUGGUUCGUGCUCACCGAUCGCUACUUCUCGUAUUACACGACGGAGGCCGGGGACCUGAUGGGCCGCUGCCCCAUUGAACAGAUCCAAUCCGUUAAGCCAAUCCAGGACCACACGUAA